UCCAGGAUGAGAAGACUGAUAGAAGAAGCAGCUAGCUGAACAGCUGUAAAAUGCCCAAAUCUGGGUUCCCAAAACCAGUUCAGAGUGAAAAUUCUGACAGCGACAGCAAUAUGGUAGAGAGACCAUAUGGAAGAAAGAGUAAAGACAAGAUUGCAUCUUACAGCAAAACUUCAAAAAUUGACCGAAGUGAUAUGGGCAAGGAGAUGAAAGAGAAAUCAUCCAUGAAACGUAAACUGCCUUUUACCAUCAGCCCGUCAAGACAUGAAGAGCGAGAUUCAGACACAGAUUCAGACCCAGGACAUACAAGUGAAAAUUGGGGGGAGAGACUUAUCUCUUCUUACAGGACAUACUCAGAGAAAGAAGGUCCAGAAAAGAAGAAAACAAAAAAAGAAGCUGGAAGUAAGAAAUCCACCCCAGUUAGCAUCCUCUUUGGUUAUCCGCUCUCUGAACGAAAGCAGAUGGCACUUGUAAUGCAGAUGACAGCAAGGGACAACAGUCCAGAUUCCACACCAAGUCAUCCCUCACAAGCAACACCAACCCAGAAGAAGACACCCAGUUCUUCGUCUCGACAAAAAGAUAAAAUUAAUAAAAGAAAUGAACGUGGUGAAACUCCUUUGCACAUGGCUGCUAUUCGAGGAGAUGUGAAACAAGUCAAAGAGUUAAUAAGUUUAGGGGCAAAUGUGAACGUCAAAGACUUUGCAGGUUGGACGCCUUUACAUGAAGCAUGCAAUGUUGGAUAUUAUGAUGUUGCUAAAAUACUUAUAGCAGCAGGAGCAGAUGUGAAUACUCAAGGGUUAGAUGAUGACACCCCCCUGCACGAUUCCGCCAGCAGCGGCCAUAGAGCUAUAGUGAAGCUAUUGCUUCGUCACGGUGGGAACCCAUUUCAAGCUAACAAGCACGGAGAGCGUCCAGUGGAUGUAGCAGAGACAGAAGAGUUGGAGUUGCUGCUAAAAAGAGAGGUGCCUCUGUCUGGCGAUGAUGACAGUUAUACAGAUUCAGAAGAGGCUCAUUCUGUAAAUCCUUCUAGUGUUGAUGAGAAUAUUGACUCAGAACCAGAGAAAGAUCCUUUCAUCUGUGAAAGUAAAGUUCUCCCAAGUAAAGCCCCUCUCCCAUCUGCUCUGGAUGAGUACGAAUUCAAAGAUGAUGACGAAGAAGAGAUAAGUCAGAUGAUUGACGACAGGCAUAUUCUUAGGAAAGAACAACGAAAAGACAGUGAUCCGGAAGCAGAAAAGAGCGGUUUAUUUGCAAAGCAGGAGAAAGCCUUCUAUUCUAAAUCAUUUAAAGCUAAGAAGCAGAAGCCUUCGAGGGUUCUGUACUCCAGCACUGACAGUUCUGAUGAAGACCUUCUUCAGGGCAGCAAAAGGACUUCUACUGCAUGUUCUGUCCCCGAAACAUCAAAUUCCGAUACACAAGCCAGAAGAGAAUACGAGUAUAAACAGAAAGGCAAAGUGAAAAGGAAAUUAAAAAACCAGAAUAAAAACAAAGAGAACCAGGAGCUGAAACAAGAGAAAGAGGGGAAAGAAAACACCAGAAUAACAAACGUGACAGUUAAUACUGCACUGGAUUGUUCCGAGAAAGCCAGAGAGGAGGGCAGUUUUAGGAAAUCUUUUAGCCCAAAAGAUGAUACCUCAUUACACUUAUUCCAUAUUUCCACUGGCAAAUCUCCCAAACAUUGCUGUGGAUUAAGUGAGAAACAGUCCACACCACUGAAGCAAGAACAUGCGAAAGCAUGUAUAUCUCCAGGAAGCUCUGAGAUGUCCCUACAACCCGAUCUUGCUCGGUACGAUAGUACAGAACCUGAAUUCUUGCCAGAAAGUUCCAGUGUAAAGUCCUAUAAGCAUAGGGAAAAAAACAAACAUCAGAAAGAUUUCCACCUAGAAUUUGGUGAGAAAUCAAAUGCCAAAAUAAAAGAUGAGGAUCACAAUCCGACAUUUGAAAACUCCGAAUGCACGCUGAAAAAGAUGGAUAAGGAGGGCAAGACCCUGAAAAAACACAAACUGAAACAUAAAGAGAGGGAGAAAGAAAAGCCCAGAAAAGAGGCUGACGGGGACAAGGAAAAGCACAAGAAUAAGGGUGAUGCGGGAGGGCUGCAGAGGAGCAUCGAGUUUGACAGGGAGUUUUGGAAAGAGAAUUUUUUUAAAAGCGAUGAAACUGAAGAUCUCUUUUUAAAUAUGGAACACGAGUCCCUAACAGAAAAAAAAUCAAAACUGGACAAAAGCAUGAAAGAGGACAAAUCAACUAAGGAAAAGCACGUCUCAAAAGAGAGGGGCUCUAAGGAAGAACGGGAGAAGAGUAGAAAGGAGACUGAGAGGCCCCUCAGGGAAGAGAGGCUGAGAGAGGGGAGGGACAGUGUGUCCACAGACAAGGAAGCAGAGUGUCGCUCCUCGGGCCUCAGCGGCAGCCAGGAGUCUGCCGGGCCACCCUCAGCGGAAAAGGAAAUGGAUAUUGAAAAACAAGAAAAGCACACAAAAGAAAGGGGGAAACCUGAGAGGAGGUUUCAAACUAAGGAGAAAGAGGUUGACAAGGCCGAAAGAAAAUUUUCAGAAAAAGAAAAGAAGAUGAGGCAUGAGCAUAAGUCAGAGAAAGAGAAAUGGGACUCGAGUGACUGUGUCGACAGGGCAAAAGGAAAGGACAGGCUGUGUCAGAAAGAGGCGGAGAAGAUGAAAAACGCAACUAAGAAAAGUGAUGACAGAGAGAGGAGCAGAGAGAGAAUGGAUAGAAAACAUGACAGAGAAAGGCCCGAAAGAGAGAGAUGUUUAGCAGAAAGCAAAGAAAAGCACUUGGAGAAAAAAAAGUCUGAUAAUAGUGAGUAUACUAAAUCAGAAAAGGCCAGAAAUAAAGACAGGGAAGGAGAAAAGAAGGAAAAAUUCAGAGAUAAAGAAAGUAUAAAUAUAACCAACUCCAGACAUUUACAAGAAGAGAAAAGGUCAAGUAUAGGAGACAGUAGCAAUAAAAUCCAGCACGAGAAAACUAUUUCCCUUAAAGAAAAAGCAAGGGAUGAACCUUUGAAAACUCCAGAUGGCAAAGAGAAAGAUAAAAAGGAUAUAGACAGAUACAAAGAACGAGACAAACGUAAAGAUAAAAUCCAACUGAACACUCUAAUCAGACUAAAAUCUGAGACAGAUAAGCUGAAACCUAAAUCAUCACCAGCAUCAAAAGACACUCGCCCUAAAGAGAAACGCUUAGUCAAUGACGACUUAAUGCAGACAAGCUUUGAACGGAUGCUCAGCCUUAAGGACCUAGAAAUAGAACAGUGGCACAAAAAACAUAAGGAAAAAAUUAAACAAAAAGAAAAGGAACGAUUAAGAAACCGUACUUGUUUAGAGCUGAAAGUAAAAGAUAAAGAGAAAACAAAGCAUCCACCCUCUGAAUCCAAAAAUAAAGAAUUUACCAGGUCAAGAAGUUCAGAAUUGACUGAUGUUUAUAACAAGGAGAAACAACCUAAAGAUGUUGGAAGCAAUAGAUCACAGUCUGUUGACACCAAGAAUGUCCUGAGUUUCGGGAAGUCAUCCUUUGUUCCAGAGAACAGCUCGAACCGCUCUCCUAGGCCGGAAAGUGAGAGGCUGGGCCUGAGCUCCAGGUCUGUGUCCAUGAUCUCUGUUGCUAGUUCGGAAGACUCUUGCCACACAGUCACAACCCCCCGGCCUCUUGUUGAAUACGACUCUGACUUUAUGCUGGAGGGCUCAGAGUCUCAGUUGUCAUUUUCCCAGUCACCUUUUCUGCCAAAUGCCAAAUCUCCAGCCCUGUAUGAGAGGGAGCUGGAGAGCCUUGCUGACCUGCCGGAGCGACUUAAACCACCAGGCACAAGCAGAGUUCCCGUGUGCCAUCUCAGGUCGUCUUCUGUGGAAGAUGCUAAACUAAUUCCUAAUGAGGUGCGGCCUGCUGUAGAAAUCAGGAGAUGUAGCAUGCCCUCAGUCAUUUGUGAACCCACAAAACAUUUCCAGAUACCAGAAGAAAGUACCCAAGGCAGCUUAGCUGUACCCCGAGAAACCUGUCCUUCUCCCAGACCUGAAGUGUCCGACUUCCACUCCAACUUGACAGGCUCUCCAGCUAGGUCUGUAAACAGCAGGUACAUCUCAUCUGAUACAAAUGUAAGCAAGAGUGACAGCCUUGCAGGCACUUCAAUGGACAGUCCGAUGCACUUGGAACCUUCUAAUCAGGUUGGAGUGAUCCAGAACAAAUCAUGGGAGACGCCUGUUGAUAAACUGGAGUCUUUAAACACCAAUGACUUUAUCUGCCCAGAUCCUAAUGCAUCUGAUCAAGAUUCCUCUGCUCAGAGUUUCUGUAAUUCAGAAAACAAAAUGUUAAGAGAACAAAGUACUGACUGCUUAUCCUCACAGCAGACGGAAAUGCCAGGAAACUCGUGUGCUCAGGAUCCAGCAUCUUUGCUGUCCUCACCGCAGCCCUGCUCUUUUUCCAACCAGGCACAUUCAGAUGCUGAGUCUGCCUCUAAAUCUGUGUCUUCGUCAUAUGGUGCCAAUCAAGAGCCAGGUAUUUUGCCCCAGAGAAAUGCAGCUCAUGUGAUUAGUUCUGUUUUAGAUAGCGAUAAUAACUUUACAAAGGGUAUGGAAAGUACGUUUGUCUUAGCGGAUAUUCAGAAGGCGAAUUCUUUUGUACCAGUUUACUCUGAAAGCACUAUUCAAGACCCACUCCCAAGCUUUGAGAAGGCGAGCGCUUUGCUUGUGUUGCCGUCAGGAAAAGACUUCAGUGGAAGCGAUGCUGCUUCUCAGGUCAAUACACAGUAUGCCUUUAGCAAACUCACUUACAAGUCUUCCAGUAGCCAUGAGGUCGACAAGAGCGUAGAUGAUACUCAAGUUAUCUCACAUGGGAAAGAAAACAAACUGCAGGGUUUGGUCUUGACUCAGCUGAGUAAAUGUGACUCUGAUUUGUACGGAAUGGAUGCAGGGAUGCCCAAAGGAAGCCUAAGUGAGCAGGACCCUGCAAAGCAAGGUCCUGGGAGUGAAAAGUACUUGCUUCCCGUUGAAGACGAGGAGUCAGAGCGGAGCCCUUCGUCAAGUGUGGAGAGCCACUCACAGCUGCCAGCCCAGCCAGAGAUGCAUAGAUACGACCAGCUCACUAAAGGAGAGUUAGAAGAAAGUGCUGAGGAUGAUAAAACUGAAAACCAGAUCCCCCAAAGACUGACUAGAAACAAAGCGAGCCCAGUGGUCAAUCAGAGCAAGCAGAUUCUUCCUGGCUGUACACUCUUGCCAGAAAAAGACAGUGACUGCUCCCCCAGGGGAAGGAUAAGGCUCACCGAAGAAGACGACCCUCAGAUUCACCAUCCCCGGAAGAGGAAAGUGUGUCGGGUCCCUCAGCCUGUGCAAGUGAGCCCCUCUUUACUGCAGGCAAAGGAGAGGACUCAGCAGUCCCUUGCAGCUGUCGUAGAUUCUCUGAAACUAGAUGAGAUCGAGCCGUACAGCUCUGAGAGAGCAAAUCCAUAUUUUGAAUAUUUACACAUCAGGAAGAAAAUUGAAGAAAAGCGCAAGUUACUAUGUAGCGUUAUUCCUCAAGCUCCUCAGUAUUAUGAUGAAUAUGUAACAUUUAAUGGAUCAUACCUCCUGGAUGGAAACCCCUUAAGCAAGAUUUGUAUCCCUACAAUUACGCCACCACCUUCGCUGUCAGAUCCACUUAAAGAGCUCUUUCGGCAACAGGAAGUAGUAAGAAUGAAACUACGUUUGCAACAUAGUAUCGAAAGGGAAAAACUUAUUGUAUCCAAUGAACAAGAAGUUCUGCGGGUUCAUUACAGAGCUGCGAGAACACUGGCGAAUCAAACGCUGCCGUUCAGUGCUUGCACCGUCUUACUGGACGCGGAAGUGUACAAUGUGCCCUUGGACUCCCAGUCUGAUGACAGUAAAACUUCUGUGAGAGAUCGAUUUAAUGCAAGACAAUUCAUGUCCUGGUUACAAGACGUGGAUGAUAAGUUUGACAAACUAAAGACCUGUCUUUUAAUGAGACAGCAACACGAAGCUGCAGCCCUGAAUGCCGUCCAGAGACUAGAAUGGCAGCUCAAACUCCAGGAACUCGACCCUGCCACCUACAAGUCUAUCAGUAUUUAUGAGAUCCAGGAGUUUUAUGUUCCCCUUGUUGAUGUUAAUGAUGAUUUUGAAUUGACUCCUAUAUAGCAGUUGGUAUUUAUGUUGGUGUCAUCUUAAACUAAGGAUACAAGCGUUAAACUGUGGAAUACUGCCUUUUAAGAAAAACCCUGUUGACCCGCCUUUACAGUUGUUAGUGAAGUUAACUAAAGUUGGUUGUGUAGUGAACACUGUCAUUUUAUAAAAAUAAAGAAAAAUAUUUUGGAUCUUAGGUCCAAGUACAGUUUCUAACAGAAAGCUAUUAUUUAUAUUGAUCAAAGGUAGUUGUUACAUUAGAAUGUGUUGGCAAACUGAGUAGAACUUUAAACACUGAGAAAAUCUGCUAACAGCGCUGGGAGUUGUUAGCACUCCAAGUAACAAGAUAACCAACCACAAGUACGCAGAUCUCUUGUGGGUUUUAUUAAAAGUAUGUGAAGUAAACUCAAAGAUUCAGUUCCUACCAAAUAGUUUCUAAUGUGGAAGAAAACCUUGGCACAAAAUUCUUCAGUUCAUUUUACCUGUAAAUUAAUUGUACAGUUUUCUUUUUUGAAAGUUUUAAUAUUGUCUUCCUUUUUAAUAACUUAUUUUAUACAUACUGUACAUCUUGUAAUUAAUGGUCAUUGUAUACAAGGGAGCCGCCCUCAAACGUGUCCCGAGGAGACUGAGACUGUUGGUUCUGCUGGACCAAAGUGGUUGUUUUGGAGUGUGCUGCUGCUAGCAGUGUGCUCAGAUAGUGAGGCUUUAAGUAGGGCAUGCAUGUGUUUGAGUUAGCUUGCGUCCAUCCCAUAACUGUCAAAAUGGUGGCUUAGUUGUGUUGCAUGCUUUGUAUAAUUUAACUCUUUCUGUAACUGACGCCUGAGACAGUGUGAGACUUCUCAUCCCAGUUUCCCGCAAGAGAACCAGGGACUUCCUCUGUGGGACACACUGAUAGAAUCGGUCAUCAGAGAACUAACUGCUAGAUCUCUUCAUCUCGCUUGAGAAGAUGCUUCCCCCAGAUCAACAGCCAAUGCCUUUGGAUGGAAAUUGUGAAAUUGUAUAUGUCUAUUUUAAUACUCUGCUAUGAAAGGAUCUGUGAAUAUGUGUAAAUAUGUUUAAUAAAUUUUAUUGGUCAUGUUUAAUCAUUGUAAACUUUCUUACAUUGCUUAAAGUUAAUCUUUUAAGCUUAAUAAUAGCCUUUGCACUUUUAAAAUAAAAAUUGAAUGCUCAAAUCAAAAUAAGAUACUUGGUAGUCAAAAAGUAAGUCAGGAAUAUUUCAGACCCUGAAAUCUUCCUGAAGAUUUUAUCAAUAUGUUGUAUUUUUCCUUGUAUCCAGAUGCAAAGUGUGUAAUUUGCAAAAUUUCAUAAUGGAAAUAAGAUUUGGUAUGCUUUUUAUAAUACAAUAAGGAGCAAUAUACUUAGAACAGUUUCUCCUAUGAUGUGAUGUAGAUUGGAUGUUUAGUAAAGCUGCAGACAAAACCUGCUGCUCAACCUGUGAAACAUUCAGAAAGGAAAAUUAAUCUAAAAACAUCGUAAGUAAAUAGGACAAACAUUUAUGAACCCUGCCACAAUAAUACUGGAUAUUUCCUAUUUUGAUUUUGAUAAGGAAAAAUUAAAAAAUAUGAAUUAAAUGGUUGAAAUUCAGCUCACUAGUUGGAAAUUCCAGCUAGUAAAAGAUAUUUGGCUUUUCAGUGCAAAGGUACAUAUUAAGCUUAGGGAUUUUUGAAUUUUUACAUCAAUUUAUAUUUUCAUUCUUACUGUACUGGCAUGCGCAAUAAAACAGCAGCACGUGAAAAAUACACAGUGCGAGGAUUUAAUGAAGGUGGACGUAGUGUCCUUAGAAAUGUAGAUGAAAGACCUUGGCCUUUUCACUGAAUUAAAUGGGGCCAGGAAGGCAGGGUAGACUUUGAAGCUCUGGUUUUUGUUGAAGUUACGUUUAUUAAGGCUGGGAACAUUGGAAGCUAAUUUAUAAAAGCAAUACUUUUUAAUACAAGAACAACUUAAUGCAAAGUUUGUUUAUUCUUUAUCCUAAAAAGGAAACUUGAUGAGCUCAUGUGGCAAAUUACAAAAAUGAAACAGGAUGAUUGAACGUUCAAGAGAGCAGGAGAAAAGUAAUCUGUGAAGCUUUCUUCGUUGUGAUUGUUCAGCCAGGGGGAGGUUUGGGAACGUGUCCUGACCAAGGGAAAGCAGUCUUGGGGGGGGGGUGCUUCACGGAAGCAGGGAGCAGCCAUGCAGCCCUCAGUCAGCCAGCCUUCCAGUCUACCCCAAGUGCUCGCUCUUUCCUGCUAGCUCAAAGGGCUGGGGCCUCUGUCAUGGUUCUGUUCCUAAACACUUGCUCUGUAGCCAGCAGGGUAGCUAAGUUACUGUGCUUCACAGGAAGUGUCAGUUAGUACAUAGUUUGGACUCCUGAUGCCAGACCUUCUGAAGGUCUGAAAUACUAGAGGGAAAAAUCUCAGAAUGGAGUAUAUGCCUAAAAAAAGAUUUGGGUUCUCAAAGAAAAAUAAGGAUGCUGAAUUUAAUCAGUGAUUCUUUUUAAACUAUUAAACAUCAUGAACAAGAUAUUAAAUUGUACCUAAGGAUUUGUAUUUCUUUAAGUCUUGUUCUAAAUCAUAUCUGUUUAAUAAAUGACUAGUUAAUAUUUGUGCAUGUUAUUUAAUAAAGAGUUAUAUUUUUAUAGAAAAAUAAGAGUGAAAUGUGUGCUAAGUGUUUUUUACAUAAUGUUCCACUCCUGUAUAAUUAAGAGAAACAACAGUGUUUACUUGGGCCUCCAGCAAGAUUGCAGAACUACUCAUCUUGUGAAAACAAUCCCAUUCCAGUCAACUGAUUAAAGAGAGGUCUCCUAAAUGCAUUGUUAGUAGGAGGCACGAUGCACAAUCCCCAAAGCCCAUGCACCUCAUUUGAGUGGCACAUGGCAUCCAGUGGUCCAGGAAGCCCGGUGCAGGGCGAAACCUUUCCUUUCUUUUUCAGAAGGUUAGCAAUGUCUCUAACUCUACCUCUACUGCUCUCGCAUGUAAGUAAACUCCCAAAUCUUUACACAAAGGCUAUUGACUAGUUAAGGAAAACUUUUCACUGUUUAACAGAAAAGAAACACAAGCUUUUUCUUCACCAGUCAGAUGGUUCAUGCCUAAUAAUCCCAGCAUUUGGGAGACUGAGUCACUGCCAGAUUCAAUGGACCGUUGAGAGACUGUCUCAAAACAAUAAAUCAGUAAUAAAUGUUGCUGACACUUAAGACAGGAAGUCAAAAGAAAUAAUCUUAGGAGAUGUGUGUGAGGUUUAAUGGUUAAAAUUUCUUUUUGCUUGUUUUGUUUUUGAGACGGGCUCUCAAUAUGUAUCCUUGGCCGUCCUGGUUCUUGCUCUGUAGACCAUGUUAACCUCAUACUCAGAGAUGCGCCUCCCUCUGCCUCCCAAGUGCCAGGGUUAAAGGUGUGUGCCACCACGCCCAGCUAGCGGUUCUUGUAAUCCAUUAUCUUGGUGGCUUUUUGGAAGUCUUGUAUGUACUUAAGAGGGAGUUUAAGACCCCACAGAGAUAGUCACCAGAAGCUGUUCAAUCAUGAAAACUAGGGUUCAUAGAGAAACUCAGCCACAUAAAUUAAACAAUCCCAUUAACUCAAACUGCCCUAACUAUAGAAUUUUAAGUAUUAGCACAAAAGUAGCAAGUACAGCUGGAAGGUCGGCCGGGUCGCUCCCAUGAGUAAAUGUGCACAGUAUUGACAGUAAUACAGGUCUGACCCUGAGGCCAGAGGAAAGUCUGCUGAUGCUGGGGUCAGUGUUCCUUCAUGCAAACUAAGAAAGCACAUACGCUGUGGUUUUUAAAAUACAUUUUUAGAAAGUGGUUACUCUAUCCACAUCUUCAACUAGCACCAGACAAAAAGCCUUUAUGUAGCUAAUGCCCCUCGGUUUUUUAGAAUGACGUUGCGUACCUAGGAUAGGUUCACAGACCGUCCACCCACUUUCAGAUCUGUAUUUGUCUGUAGUUUUUCUAAAAAGAAAAAAAAAAUGGGUAUGAUUUAAAUCUAAUUUUUUAAACAACCCAGACCUAAGUAAGCAGUUUGAUAGCUCCUUGUUCCAAGUACCCAAAUGAACACAAAGUCUUCUUCACCCUAGAAAGACCCUCAUGCCUCCCCAGAGGUAGCCAUCGAGCUGCUUGCCUUCACUCUGCGUUAGUCCUACCUGGUCCCAAACUUCGUAGAAGUGAACUCAUGUAGCAUAUACCUUGUGUCUGCCUUCCUUAAGCAGAUUUUGGAAUCCAUGUGUGUUUCGUAUAUCAGUAACGUAGUAAUUUUUACAAAUAGUGUAACUGUACAAGUGUGUUCUCCUUGUUCUUAGUGUUUGGAUUGUUUACAGUUGGGAUAUUGUGAAUAAACCUAUGGACAUGGAAACCUUAA